UGCGGAGCCCGCCGGGAGCCCCCAGAGCGCGGCCACGGCGCAGCCGCCGCCAUGGCACAGACCUUGCAGAUGGAGAUCCCGAACUUUGGCAACAGUAUCCUCGAGUGCCUCAACGAGCAGCGGCUACAGGGCCUUUACUGUGACGUGUCCGUGGUGGUCAAGGGCCAUGCCUUCAAGGCCCACCGCGCGGUGCUGGCCGCCAGCAGCUCCUACUUCCGGGACCUGUUCAACAGCAGCCGCAGCGCCGUGGUGGAGCUGCCGGCGGCCGUGCAGCCCCAGUCUUUCCAGCAGAUCCUCAGCUUCUGCUACACGGGCCGGCUGAGCAUGAACGUGGGUGACCAGUUCCUGCUCAUGUACACGGCUGGCUUCCUACAGAUCCAGGAGAUCAUGGAGAAGGGCACCGAGUUCUUCCUCAAGGUGAGCUCCCCGAGCUGCGACUCCCAGGGCCUGCACGCCGAGGAGGCCCCGUGGUCCGAGCCCCAGAGCCCUGUGGCGCAGACGUCAGGCUGGCCAGCCUGCGGCACCCCACUGCCCCUCGUGUCUCGGGUCAAGACGGAGCAGCAGGAGUCGGACUCUGUGCAGUGCACGCCCGUGGCCAAGCGGCUGUGGGACAGCAGCCAGAAGGAGGCCGGGGGCAGUGGCAAUGGCAGCCGCAAGAUGGCUAAGUUCUCUACGCCGGACCUGGCUGCCAACCGGCCGCACCAGCAGGCCCCAGUGGUGGCAGCGGCCCAGCCUGCUGGGGUGGCAGCGGGGCAGCCGGCCAGUGGGGCAGCGGGGGCCGUGGUGAGCGGGCCCAGCACAUCGGAGCGGACCAGCCCGGGCACCUCGAGCGCCUACACCAGUGACAGCCCCGGUUCCUACCACAACGAGGAGGACGAGGAGGAGGACGGGGGCGAGGAGGGGACAGACGAGCAGUACCGGCAGAUCUGCAACAUGUACACCAUGUACAGCAUGAUGAAUGUCGGCCAGACAGCUGAGAAGGUGGAGGCCCUGCCUGAGCAGGUGGCCCCUGAGUCCCGGAAUCGUAUCCGGGUGCGGCAGGACCUGGCAUCUCUCCCCACUGAGCUCAUCAACCAGAUCGGCAACCGCUGUCACCCCAAGCUCUACGAUGAGGGGGACCCCUCCGAGAAGCUGGAGCUGGUGACAGGCACCAACGUGUACAUCACACGAGCCCAGCUCAUGAACUGCCACGUCAGUGCAGGCACGCGGCACAAGGUCCUGCUGCGGCGGCUCCUGGCCUCCUUCUUUGACCGGAACACACUGGCCAAUAGCUGCGGCACUGGCAUCCGCUCUUCCAGCAACAACCCCAGCCGCAAGCCGCUGGACAGUCGCGUCCUCCACGCCGUCAAGUACUACUGCCAGAACUUCGCCCCCAACUUCAAGGAGAGCGAGAUGAACGCCAUCGCGGCCGACAUGUGCACCAACGCCCGCCGCGUCGUGCGCAAGAGCUGGAUGCCCAAGCUCAAGGUGCUCAAGGCGGAGGGCGACGCCUACACCGCCUUCAUCAGCGAGACGGGCAAGAUAGAGCCGGACAUGAUGGGCGUGGAGCAUGGCUUCGAGACGGCCGGCCAUGAGGGCGAGGCGGGCCCCUCAGCUGAGGGCCUGCAGUAACCCGCCCCGACCCUCCCCACGGGGCCGCACACUCCCCCUCCCGUCACACCCCCCCUGCCCACCAUCUUGGUCACGAGCUACUGUCUGUCCCUCCCCAGGACCCACGGGGGGUGCUGCAUGCUCCCAGCCCGUCUGCCUCCCCUCUCCUACCCCUUUCCCCCAACACGAGCCAGGCCAGGAGAGGACAGAGGACUUGUAGGGCAGAGCAGGUGGCCAGGUUCGUGCUGCCGCCUUUAACACACACUCGUGCACACCUGAGCUCUGACUCCUCCUCCCCUAACCCCUUGCAAUCACUCCCUACUCACCAGGCCCGCCAUGGGGAGGGGGCCGGCCUGGGGGGCUCAGGAAGGGCCCCUCCCCAGGCCCUAGGCAGCCCUGUGGAAGCAUUUCUCAGCUUCCAAUCUCACUGCAGCCCCUUGGGACUUGAGGGGGGCCCCCAGGGGUUCUCAGGACCCCUCCUGCCACCUCCCAGUGCUUCCACAUCUCCAAAAGCGCCUUCCUGUCACCCUCGUCUGUCCCUGCGCCUGGGGGCUGGGGUAGGCGAGGCUGUGGGAAUUGCCCGUUCUACAGCUGGGAAAACUGAGGCUCAGAGAAAUUGCACAACCAAUCUAAGGCAGCGGGCCCAGUGCCCUUUCUCCUCUCCCUGCCUCUGUUGCCCCUGUUGGUCCCCUGGGGCCUUAGAGAGGCAAGUCCUAUGGGAGGGGGGCUGUUGGGGGGAGACAGAGGGUCUCAGAGGCCAGGAGAGGUUUGCAGGGCUGGCAGGGCGUGUGCGUGUGCAUGUGUGCGUUUGCGUGUAUAGAAGUUUUGCUUUCAGACAAAUGAAGAUUUAAGAGGCAGUAGGACCAGGGUUGGAACCCAGGGGAGCAGGUUGGGGGCCCCUUCCCUCCAUUUCCCCCACCCCACCCCACCCUGC